GGCCGCAGCUUCCGGUAAAGCCUCCUUUUCGGCAGCGGCUCUUUCCUCGCCAACAUGCCACUCGCAAAAGACUUGUUGCACCCAUCCCCUGAGGAGGAGAAGAGGAGGCACAAGAAGAAGCGUCUUGUUCAGAGUCCCAACUCUUAUUUUAUGGAUGUCAAAUGUCCAGGAUGCUACAAGAUCACGACGGUGUUCAGCCACGCUCAGACGGUCGUGCUGUGUGUGGGCUGUUCCACAGUCCUGUGUCAGCCCACUGGAGGCAAAGCACGUCUCACAGAGGGGUGCUCAUUCAGGAGGAAGCAGCACUAGCUGUCUUCCCCGGAGCUGAAGGGGGAGAGGAGGGGAUGGACCGGUUGAUAUCAGCGUCUCCAGACCCAGCGGUCUGAUCUGAAAACGAGACCUGAAGACCGACUGGGCAGCAGAUGGAUUUCCACUGUUCACGUCGACACAUCGGUUGUUGCUGUAACUCCACCCUCCAACCCUGUCUCUCUUAAUAAAAUAUUGUUUUGGCUAAA